UAUCACAUUGCUGUCAAAUGAACAUUACAGGGACCAAACAUGGCAUUUUUUGCAGUUCAAUGCUCACAGCAUAAAUCUCAAAAUCAGUACAAAGCUCACACAACAUUUCAUUCUAGUGCAAAGGUUGGUGGCAUGGUCUCUCCUGUCGUCGGCACCGUAGGCGGCGAGGUUGGUGGCGUCCCGGACGUCGGGGGAGUUGUCACUCCCGCCAUCGGCAUCGUGACUCCCGUCAUCGGCGGCUCCCCGUCCCCCAAGACCCGGCACGGCGGACGCAAGGCGUGCCCUCCCUCACCCCCGACCCCCACACCGUCUCCCCCGACGCCCACGCCAAGCCCCACGCCCUCCUCCGACACGUGCCCGAUCGACAUGCUGAAGCUGGGCGUGUGCCUGGACCUGCUCGGCAACGAGCUGCACAUCAGCGACGCCAGCGUCAAGUGCUGCCCUCUCGUGCAGGGCAUCGCCGAGAUGCUCACCGCCGCGGCGUGCCUCUGCACCGCCAUCAAGGCCAAGGUGCUCAACCUCGCCCUCUACGUGCCGCUUGCCCUCCAGCUGCUCGUCAACGACUGCGGCUGCGCCAUGCCCCCGGGCUACACCUGCGCCUGAUCCGUCCGUCCAUUUCACAUCCGACGCGCAUAAUUUAAGCCACAAGUUUGAAAUCAAGAUUGUUGAUCGGUCGAUGAAGCCACUCGCUUCUUGUUUGUUCAUUUAGUACUACUACAUUUAUUUUAUUAUUAUUACUACUAUUAUCGUCUUUCCGUUUGAUAUUCAUCUUG